AUGGAAAAGUUGCUUAAACUAGAGGCAUGCUCUUCUCUGUCCCAAUCUAAAGGAAGAUUUGUAGAGAGUAGCGACAAAAUCAGCAAUCUUCCGAUCCAUAUUGUUCAUCACAUCCUCUCAUUUCUUAUGAUGGAAGAUAUUGCACGAUUGAGCAUGGUGUCCAAGUGGUGGCAAGAAUUAUGCAUAUCUAUUCCGUCCUUGACCCUUGAUGGCAUGCGAUAUCGAGGCAAGGAUUAUAAACUUAUUCACUUUAAGAAUUUUCUUGACAGGUUGAUGCUUCGACGCAAUGGAAUGAAGAUGACGCAGUUUUGUGUUCGCUGGACUUUUCUUAGUUGGCAUUCUGAAGAAUAUCGUUUUCUCACAUGGUUGCAAGAUGCAGUAAGGUGUAAUGUUGAAGUGCUUUAUCUUGACCUCUAUAUAUUUCUUCCAGGAGCUUUUCAAAUGCCACUUUGUGUUUUGAAUUGUGAAUCGUUGAGGUUUCUAACUCUUUCUAGCUCAUGGAGGCCCCCGUACUUGGAGUUUUUCCACAUUCUAGAACGGAUUGAAGAACUAGUGCUACAUGUGCAGUGUCUUAAGGCACUAUUUAAGGCAGGCAUGAUGCCGAUUCCUUUGAAGCAUUUACAUACUUUCCAUAUAAACUUUAUCUCGUCAGAUAGUAUUGAUGCCGAUCUAGUUCCAGCCAUAUCCUUACUUCUGGAAGGAGCUGUUAAGUUACAAUCCCGGUUCGAGGCAACUGGGAGGGAUUGGAUAAAAAUGUGGGAACGACAACAAAUGUGA